UGUUUGUUUCUCUUCUAUAGAGGAACCCUUCCUCGCCCUGGCUUGUACUCUGUCUGGUGUUUGAUCGAAUAACCCUUUAAAAGCAGUUUGAGUGAUUGGUAGAAAACACACCAAAAGCUGGCAGCAACAAAAAGAAUGAAAUUCCUGCUAGACGGCCUCCUGCUUCUGUCCUUACUAAUACUCUUCUCUUUAGAGUCUUUGGUGAAGCUUUUUAUUCCUAAGAAGAGAAAAUCAGUCACCGGAGAAAUCGUCCUGAUUACGGGAGCUGGACAUGGAAUCGGGAGACUGACUGCCUAUGAAUUUGCCAAACUUAAAUGCAAACUGGUUCUCUGGGAUAUAAAUAAGCAUGGAAUUGAGGAAACAGCUGCUGAAUGCAGGAAACUUGGUGCCAAGGCUCAUACCUUUGUGGUAGACUGUAGUAACCGAGAAGAUAUUUACAGCUCUGCAAAGAAGGUGAAGAAAGAAAUUGGAGACGUUAGUAUUUUAGUAAAUAAUGCUGGUGUGGUCUACACAUCAGAUUUAUUUGCUACACAGGACCCUCAGAUUGAAAAGACUUUUGAAGUUAAUGUACUUGCACAUUUUUGGACUACGAAGGCAUUUCUUCCAGCAAUGAUGGAGAAUAAUCAUGGCCAUAUUGUCACCGUGGCUUCAGCAGCCGGGCAUACUGUGGUCCCCUUUUUACUGGCUUAUUGUUCAAGCAAGUUUGCUGCUGUUGGAUUUCACAGAGCUUUGACUGAGGAACUGGCUGCCUUUAAAAGAACUGGAGUCAAAACAACAUGUCUCUGUCCUAAUUUCAUAAACACUGGCUUCAUCAAAAACCCAAGUACCAGUUUGGGACCCACUCUGGAACCUGAGCAAGUGGUCAGCAGGCUGAUGAAUGGGAUCCUGACUGAGCAGAAAAUGAUUUUUGUUCCAUCUUCUGUAGCUGUUUUAACAGUAUUGGAAAGGAUCCUUCCUGAGCGUUUCCUGGUGGUUUUAAAACGAAAGAUUAACGUUAGGUUUGAUGCAGUUAUUGGAUAUAAAACUAAAGAGCAAUAAGUGCCUAGUUUUCUUGUAAAUCAAUUUACCAGGUUUAAGUUGGUUUCAUCUCAUCUUAGUCAGAAUUUUAAUGUUUGAACUUUUGCUUUUCCUAAUUCUUUUUUCUUCACUGUCACCUUUUGAGGUUCUUUUGGUCCUUGUUUAUCACCACUUGUUCUUUGGCUGCAAGCUGAUUACACAUAAUACAAGCAGAGAAAUAUGGAAAAUAAGGGAAAAGAACAAAAAAAACCUUAUUACAACAAUUUCCAAGGUUUUGCAGCUCAUCUGAACACUUUGCUAAAUUUGUACAAUAAAUGUUUAAGAUACGUUUUUGUUUUAAUUGCACUUAAAUUUUAUGUAAAUCACAUGCUUCCUUUCUUUUUCUGUUCUAUGUAAAAUCUGAAAUGUUAAGCUCUCUAAAUAUAAUAAAGUACUGUAUCUAGUGGCACUUCACAAAGAAUUUCAUGAGCUCCCAAACAUUUUAUCCUGCACAUUGCCACUCUGUUUCCUGAGAGAUACCUCACAUUCCUAUGCUAAACAUUUCAGCACAAGGAAACUAGAGAUGGACAAGUGUUGCACAUACAAAAGUAUCAUUGGGACUUAAGGAAGAGAAUCAGGCAAGUGUACCCAUAAAUGGCAGCAAUAAUAAAUGGAUCAAACUGAAA